UACACAACAUAAAGUUUGAAGAAAUUUUUAAAGAUAUUUUGCGCUAGUAAAUUCCUUGAAAACUAAAGAAAACCCUAUUUUGCAAACUUGGGCUUGUGGUAUAAUUUGUAUCACAAUAACAUUUUAUUAUAAACCCAUAUUAAAUGUGGAAUUUCUUAAAUAGGGCAAUUUCUAAUUUUGACUACACAUCAAUUUCUAUGAUGAGUGCUAAAGUAGGCAGAAUGCCUGCUAAGAAAUCUGUAUUUAUUGCUUAUUUGUGUUGGCUAUUCGGUGGUAUUUUUGGACUACACCAUUUCUAUUUACGAAGAGACAGACAGGCAUUUGUUUGGUGGUCUACUCUUGGUGGGUUUGGUAUUGGUUGGCUGGGGGAGAUAUUCCGGAUUCCUCGCUACGUAAGAGAUGCCAACGACGAUCCACAACAUAUUCAAGAGCUAGUCAAGAGGAUGAGUCAAAACAGGAAGCCACCAUUCUCAAUGAACCGUUUCACUGGGAUGCUGAUGGUCGGUUACUCCUGGGGUCAGAUGAUGAUGGUUGCCGUGCCUGGUGAUGAAGUGUGGGGACUAAAUUUGAAGUAUCUGAAUUACCUGAUACCUUUUGUAGCUGCACUUGGUGUAUGGACGGUCGGCAACAUCGGACGCGAGCAAGGAGGUUUGAAGUGGCCUCUGCUAGCAGCUUAUGCCGCCUACCCUGUCCGCUACUACAUCUACGACGAGAGCAUCUGGUUUACUAUCAUGGUGCUGGCUGCUGCAUUGGUCUUUGAUAGCUUCUCCAAGGAGUGGAGAAGAACUCCUCGAAAACACCAGCAUGUUGUCAAACGCAUAGCAGUAUUAGGUCUCUGUGCUUGCCUGUACUUGUCCCUGUGGUGUAGUUACCUGUAUUUCCAUGGUACAAUCACAGACAGUGAAGGUGACGAGGUACCAAUCUACGAAGCCCUACAUCACUUCUUUACAAGUCCUUGGUGGUUGGAUGUAAAGCAGUGUCUGAUCGACACCUACCAAUAUGCUCAACACCACGGCUGGUACGAAGUGUGGAAGCAGAUUAUCGAGCUCUCUGACCCUCAUGGCGAACAAAACGCUUUCCGGGUCCUCGGCCUCGGCCCCGAAGCUACGCAACAAGAAAUCACUUCAACAUGGCGUCGACUGUCCCGCGAAAAUCAUCCAGAUAAGGUAAAAGACCAAAACCUGAGGAGAGCCGCCCAAGAAAAGUUCAUGGAGAUACAGCAGGCAUACGAGAUACUGUCCAACAGUAAACACAGGAGAAACAGAAGAAACAAGAAGGACAAUACUGACUCCAAGAGUGAUCAUAUUGAACUUUAAUUAUCUGUUUCUAAGGGUUUGUGACUGGAGUUUAAAAAUUCACUGGCGAUUUUGAUUGGCCAAAAAUAACCAAUUGAGAACGCUAUUGAAAAGACUUAACUCCUAAAAAAUUCAUAAUCAGAACUCGCAUUUGACGAUUCAUAAAGUUGCUUACUAGAUGCAUCAUGCAGUUCAACAGAUACAGAAAUAAGGUUGAUAUUGAUUCAAUGACUCAAAUUAACUUUGAAUAGUCAAAAUCGUGUACUUAUACUUUUUCUUUAAUUUUAAAUUCCAGUUUUUUCUUCUCAAAUUAUUGUAGUUCUUUUUAAUAGUGGGUAAUAAUUAUAUUUAUCAAGUCAUUAAAGUCGGUGAUGAAAAUAUCGCUUCCAUUUCUUUCUAUUUCGUAUAAGCUUAAUGUAGUUUAUUUAUUUUUAUACGAUUUUAAAAUGUGGUUGCACUGAAACCAUUCCAUAUUUUAGUGUAAUUUUGGUAGAGAUAAGUUGUCUUAAUAGCUUGUAGAUUAUUAGCAGAGCGAAUGUAUUUUUAGCAUUUCUUGUGUAACUGUGUAAUUACUAUGCCACCGUACUUUUGACUGCCAAAGAAAUGUUGAAAUCCUUAAGGUGAGUGUGAUUGUAACUGCGCCAGAGUCUCAGGAUAAAUUGCUCAAGAAUUGCAUAUACCUAUAACCUAUGUCAUAUCACCCUUACAUACAUACAUAGUACAUACAUACACUACUAAUAUUUUACAUAUUAUACACUUCUGAUGAUAUUUCAUUAUUACGUCUAAUCUGGACCUUUUACACAACUCUUAUAGAUUUUUUUACCAAGCUUUCUUUUAUGACUAUUGACGCUGUUCUUCAGUCAACGCGACUUAUUCUUGCUAUUUACUAUUCUGUAUUUAUUUAUAACAUCUAGCUAUUAUAAGGAUUAUUUAGAAAACUUACACAACACUUACGUGCAAAGACAUCGUACAAGUCUACAUUGGCAAUUUGCAAGUUCUGGUUAAUAAAUUCUAUAUUUUUCUAAACUUCUUAGCUUUUAGCUAAUAUUAUAUAAGUUAGUUAGCUUUCAACUAAAUGAUUAUUGCUAAGAUAUAAGUUUAUGAGCUUAUUUUAUCUGUCACUUGAAUGCAUAUAAAAAUAAUUGAAGAGUCCGGGUGCCAUCGCAGUUCUCAU